AUGUCAGAACGAACUACGCAUUCCGACUCUCCCGCGGUGGAUAAGUCUGGCCAGGGCUUUGAAGAGGUGGCACAUGUCGAAAAAGGUGGUCUUGGAGAGCAUCUCCAGUUAGACAAGCACGGCCUUCCCCUUAAUCCCCAGCCAUCAAAGUACAAAGAUGAUCCUCUUAACUGGAGUGCCGGAUUUAAAUUUAUGGUUCUCCUACAAGUCAGUUGGCUAGCUUUUCUAGGACCUCUGGGCUCCGGCGUAGCCAACCCAGCUUUUGUGCCCAUGAGCGAGACUUUCCACCAAAGCAUUCCAGUGACGUCCUACGAGCUGACUGUUUACGUCUUGUUUUCUGGUGUUGGCCCCCUAUUCAUCGCGCCGCUCUCCAACGUCUACGGCCGCCGUCCGAUUUACCUCGCGGGAAAUGCUCUUGCUGGUCUAACGAAUGUCAUUGCGGGCAACACAGACAAAUGGAAUACCAUUCUGAUCACACGCGUCUUCAACGGCCUUGGUGCAGGAAGCACUGUCGCCAUCGGCGCGGCGACUAUCUGUGAUAUGUACUUCAUGCAUGAGCGUGGCGUCUAUAUGGGCAUAUACGCUUUCUUCCUAACAAACGGACCGCACUUGGCCUCGUUGAUAGGCGGAUUCAUUGCGCAGAGUCUCAGCUGGGAGUGGUGCUUUUCGGUACCAGGCUACAUCCAGCUUGGAACUUUCGCUAUUACGUUGUUCCUUCUCCCCGAAACUCUGUAUCACAGGCAUCAAAAUUCCGAGGCGGACGAGUACAAGGAGAGGUCAACUCUAGAUCUCUUUCUCUUCCGACUGCAAAAGGCUGGGCCCAGACUCACGGCCAGCGACUUUAUUAAACCGCUAUACAUGCUGCGGUAUAUCUCUGUCUUGCUUCCCGGUCUAUAUUAUAUGACUGCCUUCGGCUACGGCACUAUUAUUUUUUCGCUCACUGGCGCCUCGCUUUUUAGCGAGUUUUAUGACUUCAAUGUGGCCCAGACGGGACUAAUCCUCAGCAUCCCGCUUAUAAUUGGCUGCUUGAUUGGUGAGUUAAAUGCCGGGUGGUUGACGGACUGGAUGGUGCGUCGAUACGCUUUGCGCAACGACGGGCAUGUUAAGCCUGAGGCACGCCUCAAUGCCAUGUGGGGAGGCCUUCUAAUUCCGGUUGGCCUUAUUCUUGAGGGUGUCUUCUUAUCUCACUUCAAGACUGUGAGCUGGGUUGGGCCUGCCUUUGCCAUGGGUAUUGCCUCUCUUGGACUGCAAAUUGCCACCACUGUUGUGUACACUUAUACAACGGAUUGUUAUAAACCCCAGAGUACAGAGAUUGCCUCGCUUCUUAACGUCUUCCGCCAGGUAUUUGGGGCUUUGGUCAGCUUUUACGCCCUUCCUCUCGGUGCAAAAAUCCAGUUCGAGUAUGCGUGGUUGGUGUUGGCCUGUAUCAAUAUCUUUUUCUUCAUCCCUAUGAUAUUUGUUCGCUUGUAUGGAGAGAAAUGGCGCAAAGCACGCUGGCAAAGCCCACCUGCGUUCCAUAAUGAUAUUUAG